CUUUUGCUGACCAAACCUACAAUCGUACAGCGCGUGCAGUCGUCUCUCAUUGAGGAUCGUGGAAUUUCCUCCAUCCUCUCUCUCUCUCUCAACUCUGUCCCUCUCCACUCGGCAUCGGCCACUCAACUCUGGAUCCACCCUGCACCCGGCAGGCAAGUCCACGGGCGUAUGGGAGGCAACCGCUAAUCAUACUUCUUCACUUUGCACUCUUCUCAUCACUUUGUCACAAACACACACUCUCUCCCAUCAUUUGAUCCACUUCCACUCCCCAUUCUCCGUCGUUCUCCAUCACCCUCCAAUCCCCCACUCCCCACUCCCCACUCCCCACUCCCCACUCCCCACUGUCCCACCAUCCACUAUCCACUCCCCACUCUCCACUAUUCGCUACCCACCACGCCAUGCCGCGCGACAUGGGUUACGGCUACGACCAGAAGCCCGACAUUCCACAACCCGGCCCCCCCUAUCCAUACAAUCCAGCCCUGUCCGUCGGCCCAUCCGCACCUUACUACUACCCCAGAACUGAUUUCGACUAUCGCUCAUACAAUCUAGACGAAGGCGUCGACGCCGCCACUGAUCGCCCGCCUCCCCUCAAGCGUGGCGAUGCGUGCUUGUACUGCCGCAAGCGUCGUAUCCGCUGCAGCGCGACAAAACCAUCAUGUCAUCACUGCACAAAGCUCAACCGCGAGUGCAUCUAUGACAUCGGAAAGCCCAUCAGUCGCGUCCGCAAGCUCGAGAACCGCAUCCAAGAGCUCGAACAUCAUCUCGCCGCCGCAAAUGCUGCCCUCGUCGAUGCCAACGGGCGCGCCGCCCACGCUCACGCUCAUGCCCACGCUCAAGCGCAGGCCCAGUCCCACGCUGCCCGACCACCUGUCCCCAUCGGCGCCGUCGACAUGAGCAAUGGCAUACAUAUGCCUUACAGCGCGCCUCCACAUCCCCAAGGCCCACCUGGUCCAACUGGUCCUCCGGGUCCUCCUGGUGGUGUUCCGGCAGUCCAACCUGAUGGACCUUCCCCACCUCCAAUACAGUCCUCAACAGCCUACUCCUUCCCUCCUGGCUCCAUCGAGCAGUCCACCGUCGACAUCACUAUGCUCGACAACUUCCAGCCCGCACCUGGCAUGCGUACAAUGGCCCCUCGCGUUGGGCAAAACGUUCCCACUUUUGCUCCGAUACAGCCAGUCCACGUCCCACCCAUUCCGGGACCGCAGCCGAGUCACCCAAUGCCCGCCCGGCCGCCACCCCACCAGCCACAACAGCCACAGCCAUCGCAGCCACAAAUGGCGUCACAGCCUCGCCCAAACGAUUUCGACUGGGACACGCUCGAUCCAGAGUUUAUGAGCAUGGUCAAUCAAAUGGGCGAAACCAGUACAUCUGCACCGCCGCAAUCCGUGCAGCAAUCACAGCGGUUCCCGCAAACUCCAUUUUCACAGUUUGGGUACUCACAGUCGGCGGCGGUCGGAGCACAUUCGGGGUCUCAAACCGAGACCACUACUGAUCGGUCCUCGCCGCCGCAAUCGGAGCAGCCUACAUCGUCUUACCAGCAGUACCACCACGGGGCAGUGUUGCACCCAGGAUCGGCUGCUGCCAGUUACGCACAGAUGCCAGUUGCGGCGCAGGACAUUACAGGCCGUGUGUCCGGUGCCUUCAUCGAGGAUGCCGAGGACGAGGAGAUGCCCGGCAACUCAUCGCUGCCACCAGAGUGGACCGACUUCGACCUCGUGGGGGGUUGGUACGACCCUAACGACCUGCCGAAGCAGGCGCGUGCAGAGCUUCUUGGACACUUCUUUUCGAACAAGAAGACCCGCCUCAGCCGGGGAUACCAUGUGCCACGGUUCAUGGCAUCGCUUGACAUGGCACCAAGCAAGCGUCCACACCCUUGUCUUGUCUACGCAAUGUAUGCACUUGUGGCUCGAUUCUCGCCGGCCCCAAAGCUCAAGCGUCUCGAGGACCAUUUCUAUCAAAUCGCCAAUGCGCAGCUCACAAAUGCCGUCAAGGCUGUCGACCGCCCGUUCGAUGCCACACGCGCUGCCACCAUCCUCACUGUCUACAACUUCAGUCAGGCGCACUACCAGGCAGCGACUAUGAUGCUAGGACAGGCCGCGAGGCUCGCCUUCUCUUGCGGGUUGCACCAGAUUCCGAGCUCGGUGUUCCAGCCCAGCCGCAUCCCCACGGACCCCAAUCGUGGGCGGCUGCUCGGUGUGAUGCGCUCGCGUGCGUGGCUCCUCUUCCCGCCCAAGGAUGCUAUCGAACUCGGCGAGCGUAUAUGGGCAUUCUGGAACAUAUACAUUGUUGAUAGGACAGGCGCGAUCGGAUCCCAGCAGCCGCCCUCUAUUCCGGACUAUGAGGUCCGCACACCUUUCCCGAAGCCUCUGUACGAGUACGAGCUCGGUCUCACCACGCACAAGGAUGAUUUCACGCUCAACUCGGUGGACGACGACGUGAAUCCGCCACCAGAGAUGCCCACUGACACGGACGCCUACUCCACGAUUCUCUACAUCCGCGCUCUAGCGUUACUAGAGCGCGCAAGCAAGCUCAUGUACCUGCCAGUGGAGCGCGACUCGCCAGUGUACGAUAACCUUACACCUUCUUCCAUGACGUCUGACAUGUCCGGGGCCGGCAACGCUCAUGACCAGCCGCGCAACCACACAAUGCCUGAGGUGGCUUCCGUCUCGCCCUCCUCGGACAUUGACGACUACUUGAGAUACCAGAACUAUGCGGCGGACAAUAUGACCAUGCGGCAGAUGGCUGCGGCUGCGACGGCCAAGAGCAGCAUGCGGUGUGCGCGCCUUCGCACGCCAAAGGCGUACGAAAAGGUGCGCAGAGCGUUGCUGCGCCUUGAGGCCGACCUUCCCCUAGAGCACCGUACGCAAUGGGACCAAUGGGACGGGCAUGUUGCAAUGUGGCUGUACGACAACCCUUCCAAGGAAUGGGUCACCGUUACUUUCUUGCGCGGGUGUGCGUGGAUGUUCCUCUUUGAUGUGUAUUCGUACCAGGCGGAGAACACGGAGGCUGUGGCAGUGGCGAGGCGCCUUGCGCAUACCAUCAAGGCCCUAUUCCCACAGGGACUAGCGGCCGACUUUGACGUGUUCAUUUCUAUCGUGUGGUUCUUUAUCAGCAACAUUCUUAUCCGCGAAGCGAAGCGCCUACAGGCCCUUGGAGACUCUGUGGGCGCAGCCGAGAUUGAGGCCGACUUCAACAUCGUCGUGGAGGCGCUCAAGGUAUACGGGAAGAGGCACGACAUUGCCAAGAUUCAAGUUAGUCGCGCUGAGAGCAUGCGCGAGGCGACGCUCGACGACAUGGAGUUUAUGAAGGGUGACGGGUAUGACAACGACCACCGCGGCAGAGUUGUUGUCGAUGGUAAGACGGUCGACUAGAAGUCUCUUUGGUGUCACGAUGCCGCCAUGCCUGAUAUAAGGGGCAUGCGUUGCAUGUGGAUUGUGGGCGCACGCGACGUUGGGUCGCGAGCUAUGACCGGGAGAUGCAUACAAGUAUAAUGUGUCGCGAA